UAUAGAUGGAUGUAUCCUGUUGAAAGGUACUUGGCCUUUUUGAAAUCUCAUGUAAGCAAUAAAGCGCAACCGGAAGGAUCUAUAGCGGAAGGUUACCUUUUGUGGGAGACAAUUGCAUUUUGUUCGAGAUAUUUAGAAAGUGUUGAGACUAUGUCCAAUAGAUCUAGAAGGAAUGAGGACGGGGUAUCAAACAUUAACAACUAUUUGUAUAACUCUGGUGGUCGUGUUGUUGGAAAGAAAGAAAAUGUCCGUUUGGAUGAUAGAAGUUUAAAGCAAGCUCAUCGGUAUGUUUUACUUCAUUCUGAUGAACUAACCCCGGUGCUCAAGUAAGUAGCAUUAUGUGUUUGGUUAAAGCGUCCA